AGCCUGCAGAAAGCGCUGCAGCAGUGCGAACUGGUCCAAAACAUGAUCGACAUCAGCAUCUCCAACCUGGAGGGGCUGCGCACCAAAUGCGCCACGUCCAACGACCUCACUCAGAAGGAGAUCCGCACCUUGGAGAGUAAGCUGGUGAAAUACGUCAGUCGUCAGCUGUCCUGCAAGCGGAAGGUAGCACUGCAGGAGCGAAAUGCCAAGCUAGAGGGCUUCCCACAGCUCUGCCACUGGUUUCGCAUCGUCAACAUCCGCAAGGAGGUCGGGGAGGAAAUCACAUCCGGCCAGCUGAGUCUGGAAGACCUUUUAGAGAUGACAGACGAGCAGGUCUGCAAGACGGUGGAGAAGUUCGGGGCCACCUGGGAAGAAUCCGCUCGGCUCAACGCCUCUCUGUCCUGCCUCCGGAACGUGUAUAAGUCAGGAGGUAGUCUUUCUAAGCAAGAUUGGACCAUCCAGUGGCCAACAACUGAGACUGGCAAAGAGAAUAGCCCUGUGUGCCAAUCUGAAUCCAUGCAGUGGAUCCGAACUCAUCUCCCUUUGAGUCCCAAAACCAAGUCCAAAUGCAUUCAACAUUACUGCCACCCAACUUUGUCCCAUGAUCUUGUCUACACGCACAUGGACAGGCUAACAGUAGAAGGUUUUCCAGGACUGUGUCCUCCACUGGAAUCAGGCCACCGCUCCUUGCCCCCUUCCCCACGCCAGCGGCAUGCAGCCCACACUCCGCCAUGCACCCCUAAUAUAAUAACCACCACGACUGCUCCAGGCACACCACCAGUCAGGAGGAGGAACAAAGUGAAACCCCCGGGCACACCACCCCCUUCGUCUCGGAAACUGAUUCACCUCUUCCCAGGCUUCACCGUCUUGCAUCGGAGCAAGUCUCACGAGUUCCAGCUAGGCAAUCGGGUGGACGAGUCUCACACACCCAAAGCAAAGAAGAAGGAUAAGCCCGUGAGCCUCAAGAUUCACAACAGCGUGGGGAGCUGUGAGAACAUCCCUGCCCAGCGCUCUCCUCUCCUGUCUGAACGAUCCUUGCGGUCCUUUUUCGUUGGGCACCCACCCUUCCUUCCUUCCACUCCUCCUGUCCAUGCAGAUGGCAUGUUCUCCACAAAUACACUCUCAGUACCUCGCUGGUCCCCACAAAUUCCUCGACGGGAUCUUGGAAACUCAAUCAAACACAGGUUUUCCACAAAGUAUUGGAUGUCCCAGACAUGCACUGUCUGUGGGAAAGGAAUGUUGUUUGGGCUGAAAUGUAAAAACUGCAAGCUAAAGUGCCACAACAAAUGUACCAAACAGGCCCCACCGUGUCACGUGCUGAUCAUCCACCGUGGAGCAAGAUUAGUCCGGACAGAAUCUGUGCCAUGCGAUAUUAACAAUCCGCUGCGGAAACCCCCCAGAUAUUCAGAUCUGCACAUCAGCCAGACACUUCCCAAAACCAAUAAAAUCAACAAGGAUCACAUUCCAGUGCCCUACCAGCCUGACUCCAGCAGUAAUCCCUCCUCGACGACAUCAUCCACACCUUCUUCACCAGCUCCCCCUCUCCCACCCAGUGCCACACCACCUUCGCCCUUGCACCCCUCCCCGCAGUGCACGCGGCAACAGAAACAGUUCAAUUUGCCAGCUUCCCAGUAUUACAAGUACAAGCAGCAAUUCAUUUUUCCAGAUGUUGUGCCUGAGAUGCCCACCCGACCACCUCAAGUUGUCCUCCAUCCAGUGAAUUCAGACCCAAUCCGAGAAGGAAAUCCAGUACUUCAAAUUGAAGUGGAGCCAACCUCCGAGACUGAACAGGGAAACGAUGAAGAAUCUGAGGAUGACUUUGAGGAGAUGAACCUCUCACUCCUCUCAGCUCGCAAUUUCCCACGAAAAGCCAGCCAGACCAGCAUCUUUCUGCAGGAGUGGGACAUUCCCUUUGAGCAGCUGGAGAUUGGAGAGCUGAUUGGCAAGGGCCGCUUCGGGCAGGUGUUUCAUGGCCGCUGGCAUGGUGAGGUAGCCAUCCGCCUCAUCGACAUUGAGCGGGACAAUGAGGACCAGCUGAAGGCCUUCAAACGGGAAGUGAUGGCUUACAGGCAGACGCGGCAUGAGAAUGUGGUGCUGUUCAUGGGUGCCUGCAUGAGCCCUCCCCACCUUGCCAUCAUCACUAGCUUGUGCAAAGGACGAACCCUCUACUCUGUGGUGAGAGAUGUCAAAAUUGUCCUGGAUGUCAACAAAACACGACAGAUUGCUCAAGAGAUUGUCAAGGGAAUGGGCUAUCUGCACGCAAAGGGAAUUCUCCAUAAAGAUCUCAAAUCUAAAAAUAUAUUCUAUGACAAUGGGAAAGUGGUGAUCACAGACUUUGGCCUCUUCAGUAUAUCUGGAGUUCUGCAAGCAGGCAGGAGAGAGAAUAAACUGCGGAUCCAAAACGGCUGGCUGUGCCACUUAGCACCAGAGAUCAUCCGCCAGCUCUCACCUGAAACAGAAGAAGACAAACUACCUUUCUCCAAGCAUUCAGAUGUCUUUGCUUUUGGAACCAUCUGGUAUGAAUUGUACGCCCGGGAAUGGCCGUUCAAGACCCAACCAGCCGAGGCAAUAAUUUGGCAAGCAGGCCGAGGGAUGAAGCCAAACCUCAGCCAGAUCGGCCUGGGGAAGGAGAUUUCAGACAUCCUCCUCUUUUGCUGGGCCUACGAGCAGGAGGAGCGCCCCACCUUCACCAAGCUCAUGGAGAUGUUGGAGAAACUGCCAAAGCGGAAUCGCCGCCUUUCCCACCCGGGCCACUUCUGGAAGUCAGCAGAGCUGUGAAUCAGAGGAUUGGUGCCUUUCUUACAUCCCUCUUCCUCUCUUUGCACCCUCCUUCCCCUUCUCCAACUCCUUCUCCUCCUGUCCUUGUCCAUAGACUGGAAGGGUAUGGCAAACAUGGAAAUGUUCCGGGAUCAAAGAGGUGCUCUCUCAUCCUGCCCUUUAGAACAACAGACCUGAUGUCUGGACAGCAAGAGGAAAGUCAUGCUCAGUCUUGGGGGAGAAGAAUGGAAGGAUCCUUGGUGUGGAUGGAAUGUAGGAUGGAGAACAUGAAGCAGACCAGAUGCUGAAUGGUAGCCCACCUGCUACCUGUCUGGAAACAACUGAUGGCAACCAGCCCUCAGAUAUGUUCCCACUGGAAUAUCUGAGGGCAACUGUGAGCUACCCUUAGAAGCCAUUUUGCAUUAGUUGAUCAUGAUGCUAUUUCUUUUUUUGUGUGGUUUUCUUUGGGUGUUUUCCUUGGACCACCUGUUCCAUCGCCUGCAGAGUGGAGAAAGGGGAAGGGAGCUUCAGUAGCCCCAACAGGAGCAGGGAGGAACAGGGUGAAUUUUGAAAGCACACCAUGGAGGCGCUCUUAAAAUUGCUGUCAGGAAUGGGUUAGAUCCCUCCUCAAAUUGCUGUCAUUGUGGCAUGGCUGCUCAUCAAACAAACAAACAGGGCAGAGGGGGAAUCUGAAGAGUAUCAAGGGAGAGUUCCGUCUGGAGUAACUGUCAUGCAGUAAAGAGUUUCCUGCACUUCCUCCAACUUUCCUCCUGGGCUCAACUUUGAGUGGUAGAAACUCCACCUUUUUUUGUAUCUGACAACUCUAGCUGGGGUGGGGGUAAAUUUCUAGAUACAGAUUUGAGAUUUGACAUCAACGGUUAACCUGCUCUUAGCCAGUUCUUGGCUGUUACAAGUCAUCUUGUUCUUCUGGUGCCUGAUGCUUUUUUUUCUUCUUCUUAAUUGGUUGCUGGCAUUCUCCACCAUCUCUGUUACUUCCUCUUCACUGCCAUCCCCGCCUUGCAAAACUGAGUAGGAACAUGCCCCGAUCCUGGUAUUCAUCUCUCCAUCAGUGCUCUGCCAGAUGUCAGAUCAUUGAGUAAGACCAGACCUACAGCAUGCUACAUACAGACACCACAUGUAUUUUGGGCUGUGUUCCUAAUCCUCCAAAUCUACUGUCUUAUUUUGUUUGCAAGGGACUUCUCUGGAGGGCAUUAUAAUUCACAUCUGGCCGGUGGUGUGGCUAGAGAAUUUUUGGCUCUGAAAACAGUUUUAAUGUGCUUAUUUGGGGAGAGGGGGCUGUUCGGGUCGGAAAAGAUAUUCAUCUAAUUAUUUCAACAUGCAGUAAAGUCCUCCCUGCUCCAUUUGAGGAUCCUCAUUCUAAGCAGAGCCCUAGGUUUCUGCUUCAGUGUCUUACUCUGAUGGCAUAAUUGCAUCCAGCUAGUUGGAAAUCCCUUUGAAUGUUGCACUGAAGCCACUUGAGGUUUCUAUCAAUUUCAGGGCCAAAAGAGCUGUGCCUUUAUCUCACUAGGUCUUCAGUUCUGUAUACAACAACUACAACAAUGACAAAAAAUACCUAACAGCUGAGUGACCCUGUCUUCCAGACAGACCCUCUUGAGAUCAUUGCAGUUAACUAUGUGGUCCCAACAUUCAGGCCGGGUUGUUUUUUCCCCACAUACGAUGUCUUGAUUUUUCUCUCAAUAUUCUCCACGGACGUGGGGACCAACCACAGUUUCCCACCCCCAAUCCACAAUGUCUUGAGUCCUGUGGAAGGUACAAAAUGAGAAACUGUAAGAGCUGCCCAUCAAAAAAGCUGCAGGAAAAAUAAUGGAAGUGCUGCUAACAGACAGGGUUCCUCUCUGGAAACUGUUGAAGAAAUGCAACAGUUCUCACUUUCCUCAUUUUCCUGCCUGCAAGAAUUUCAAAGGCUUGUUUGUGCCACCAUCAUUUCACCCUUGUCCACCUCUUGUCAGCUUUCCUUUCUUUAUGGCCCUUGCUGCGUUCUUCUGCUCCUGAUUCUCUGCACGUCUCUGGGGUGAGGCAUGUGAAAUGCUCCAUAAAUAUUGCAUUAAUCUAUGGGAGGAGGUUAUUUUUUUUUCACCUAAGUUCCUCAUUGCAAAGGGUAAACAGCAAAGCCACCUCCACAAUCUUCCUCCAGGCACCCUAUAUUCUGCCUGGAAAAGUUGCAGGGUGUGAUCUCGGCAUAUUCCUCCAUUUUUUAUUAUCUUUGUUGGGUUCCUGGCCCUUGUAAACCAGGUUUUGCUUAGGACUUGCUAUGAGUUUUGAAGGAGUGGUGUAGGAAAGAGAUUUGAUGGGUCUAAUUGGGCCUGUCCAGUUUCCUUCCUUCUGAGGUUGAGACAUUCUUGACACUUUACAAGAUUUGCAUAGUUGCCUGAAGAGCAGUCUUACAUUUUUUCAGUUCCAAAGUUCAUCCAUCCCUGUUGUAAAUGUCACGAGAGCCACCUUUCCCUCCUCUUAUCUUCCCCUUGGCCACAUUUUUGUCAUCCUGGUGGUGGGCUGCCCCCUCCCACAACUCUGUGCUCUUCUUUUUCACAAGGAAAUGGCAGCAUGAGAUCAGAAAGCCUUCCAAUGAUCCGUUUCCACUUCCCUCCUUUAAGUCAAAGCUCUAACCUCUAGGGCUUUGACCCCAUGAAGCCCAAGGAAGGUGAUGGGAAGAGCCCAAUGGCCAGCUCGCAUGCUUUGUUAGCCCAACAUUGCCAGGCUAGACCCCAGUAUUCUCUGGUUGAGCUGGGAAAGGCUCCUGCCUGAAACGAUUUGGCCUGAAUGAAAUGAAGGUGGGAGAAUGGGGAGGAUGCUCGUAUGACACGGGCAGUAGCCACAUGGGGGCAGAAUUGAUGCUUUUCAUGAAGACAGACUAACUUCAAUCCCCAGGCAUGGUUGAAAAGAGCUUCUAUGAUAUGGUAGUCCAGAUUUGGGAAAGCUGCUGCCCUCCAACAGUUGUGGAACUCAGACUCCCCAUUUUCCUGGGGCUUGGGGGAGUUGUUGCUCUGUAGCUUCUAGAAGGCCUG